AUGCUCCGCUCGCGAUGGGCGCCGGCCGGUGUGUGGCUGAGGCGAUGCAAGGUCUCCGGCUGUGUACCACAUCGCCCGCCGUCUCUGGGCGUGGGGCACGGCACGGCUCCCUGGCCAUUUCGGCGCCCUCCUUGCGUUGCGCCUGGGAGCCUCCGUCCGAGCCUGAGCCAGGCGACCGCGGCCUCCUGCAGAGGCCUCUCGGGCACACCCUCACCGGCUUCGGCCUCGGCGGCUUCGGCUCCCUUGAGCCCCACAGCUGAUGCCCUGAAGAUCGUGGCCGGGAUCGCCGGCUUCCUAGGCUUCGACGCUGCGGUGCGGUUGGCGAUCGACACAUGCGGGCUUCACCUGCUGCCUUCCCAGAUUUGCAGCAUGCUCAGCGCCUUCGGUGGGCUCUCGCUGGCUCAUGCCCUGGCGCCCGCUGCUGCGAGCCAAGCGCACCAAGCACUGAUGCCGGCGGUGGGUUGGGUUGGCCGCUGGCUGCCGGUCUUCCUGGUGCCCGUGCAGGUGACUCUGCCCACAAUCCUCUUCCCCGGCGGCGCGGCGGAGGCCGCGGGCCUGGGGCUUCUGCUCGCUGGCGGCUGGGCGGCCGCCGUGGCUGGCGCUGCCCGCCUGGUGCUGCUGCUGGCUCCGCAGCUGCCUGCCGCGGAGGCCUCAGCUGCCGCGAAAGCCGCCGGCCCCAGGAAACUGCUGCCGUUCUGCGCAGCCUGGCUUCUGCUGGCAGCGGCCACCGCUCCUCUGGGCGUCUGGCCGGAGCUCUGGGAGGGCCCGGAGGAGCGCUGUCGGCAGCUCCGUGGUGCGGCUUUGGCUGCCUUGGGCGUGGGGAGCUUCGCGCUGGCCGUGCACCGGGGCCUGCCCGGCCACCUUUGUUUUCUGGCCAACGGCGCCGCCACCAUCGCAGGCGCGGCCGCCAUGGCGGCGGCUCGUGGCGAAAGCUACAGCCAGGUGGUGAAGAGAGACUACCUCGUAGGGGCUCAAGGGCCACCCGGGACUGGGGACAUGCUGCUGUGGUGCCUGGGACCAGCCCUGGUGUCCACAGGGGUGCAGAUGUUCCAAUACCGCGCGCGCAUCGCGUCGCUCAGCAAGGUUCUCUUCCUGACCUGCGGAGCUGUGUCUUUGUGUAACGUGCUGGGCACAGCCGCUGCCGGGCCUCUUCUGGGAGUGUCUCCGGACGUGACGCUCGCGGCCACCAUGAGGUGCGUCACGAUCCCCAUGGCGCUGCCCACGUAUGCCCGCCUCUGCGAAGUGAGUGGUGCUGAGAACAACGUGGCCCUGGUGGCGCUCUGCGCAGGAGUGUCCGGGUUCAUUGGGUUCGGGCCUCAGAUCAAGCGUGGUGGGGGGGUCAGGAUCCGAGACCUGUGGGGAUGGCAGCGCCUGCCUCUGCAUCUCGGUUUAGGGUUUAGGGUUUAG